AUGUUCGCCCCCAUGUCCAAAGGAGGCUCGGACGAUGCCUGGCAGGCUCAGGACGAGGCGGGAUCGCUCAAGCCCGGUCGAUUUCGUGCCUACCUAGCCGACCAGCUGCUGGCACCAGGCACCACCAACCCCACCCCGGCAUCACGCUCCAUCCCUUUCCCAAGAGACUCGGGCACGUCACGGCGCAACGCCAAGCCAGCGGCCGACAAAGGCAAGGCGAGGGAGCUCGAUCGCGGCUUUAUGGCCGGCUUCCUCGAUAACCAGCCAGCAGCUCCCUCGACGAGCCUCGGCAAACGCCUUGCAAAUGGGUUUGGCUUUCGACAGAACCCGACCCAUCCUGACCGACCGGCCGGGCUUCGCUCAGGCCCAGCGCCCACUAAGACCCGCAAUCUCGACCCACCGGACGCAUACUAUCCAAAGUCGAUGCGCGAUCCAGCAGCACCAUCGUCUGGCGCCAAGAGCCCUCUCUCGAGCUCGGGCGAGCUCGGUCCUUCGCCCUUCCACUCGCCACCUCCACGCAGGCGCCGCGUGACCAGCAUCCGAGAUCGCAAUUGGGAGAGGGAACGCGAACGCGAGCGACAGAGGCCGAACCGCAGCUGGCUCAACAACCUCAUCCGUCCUCCACGCGAGAUCGUCGAGGCGUGGCUCGAUAGCUGGUGGAAGCGUUGGUUCGCGCUCGCCGGUUUGCCCAGUCUGGUCGUGUGGAUCUGGUGCGCAGUGCCGUUUCCCAAGACCGACCCCUACGAUCCCAACCUGCCCUGGUGCAACCCGGGCGAAGAUGGAAGCUGGAACGAUCCCAGCAAUCCUCCCUGGUGCUACCCGCCCAACGCCACUGCAUCCAGCUCGGAGAUCACAUCAAAGAUGGCGGUGCCUACGCUACCGACCUUGACAGGGCUUGCGUGGUCAAUCACCAACCUGAUCGCAUCCAGCUUCUCGAAACGCGCCGGCACACCCAGCGACCCCCACCCACCCAUCGGCGGCGGUGACCAUCUGACGGUGGACGCCAACUUUUGGUUCUUCUUGGUCUUCUACUACGGCAUCUAUGUGGGCGUGGCGCUCGUCUACAUCACGCAGCUCUUUGGGCUGUAUCGGCUCAACUGGUGGCCAGCGGCGCUCGGAGCCAAGACGUCAUAUACGUUCUUCUGGAUCGGCAGUCUGGUAGCCGGCUGGAUCCUGCACCAGCUCGAUCCGCUCGGCACCGAGUCGAGGCAUCGGUCUGCGUUCUCCAAAGGCAGGCCGCAUGACGAACCAGGCUCGGCUGUGCAGCAGUGUUCGGCGGGCGGUAAGCCGACGAUCGACGAUGCCGACAUUCAGUGGCAGCGCAAGACGCUGUGGGUGGGGCUGGCGUUUGCGACCAUGGCCAUGCCUGCGCUCGUGUGCUUUGUCGGACUGCGGCGCAGCGGACGCCAGACGUACCGGCACAGUCUGACGGACCACCAGAAGACGUUUCUGGAACGCCAGCUCAACCGGCGCAUCCCAUCGUCGUACAUCCGCUUCCUGUGGUUCAUGUCGACCAUCGGCCUCUCGCUGUUUGCGCUCAUUGCGGGGCAGGGAUAUGCGUCGGUGUAUCUGUCGACGUUGCCGCAUACGGGUUUGGACGGUGUGGCGUACGUGUCGUUCUGGACGCUCACGGUCAACGGGCUGGCGCUGGUGUCGCACUGGAUCCUGGAAAGCAAAGUGCGCAGUCGGGCGCUGGUGUUCGCCUUCAAGUACUACUACUUCUUGGUCUACUUUAUCUUCUACCGCAACCUGUUUGCGAGGCUGCGCUCGUUCGACCAGUUUGCGCUGGUGCAGCUGCUAUCGUCGUUCUGGGUCUGCAUCUGGUAUCCGCUCUCCAUGUCGUCGCUGUGCCAUCGCGUGGUGCAGUACUUCAACCCUUCGCCGCGCUCGUGGGAGGAGUACGUCGAGAGUGUGGGGCUGGCGUUCUACCUGCGCAACCUGGCGCAGAACACGACGAUGCUCGCCUUCCUCGGCUGGGUAAGCAUCCUCCACUUUGGCAGCAACCAGCCGCUCUACCCUUUCUUCGCCUACGACAACAAGCACGAUCCGUACAACUACCAGCUCACCAUGCUCGGCUCGCUCGCCAUCUGGGCGUCCGAGCUGGUGUCGUCGUUCGUCGCGCGCCAGAUCUGCUAUCUGGCCUUUCGGGUCGACGUGACCAACUUGGGCCUCGACGAGAUGCGCGAGUUCCCCGAACUGCUGCCCACCAUCGGCUGGGGUGCGGUGCAUACGCUCAUGGACAUGCUGCUCUUCCUGAUCAAACUCAACUUUCGCUAG